AUGACUAGUCAUCUGCCUCUUUUUAGAAUUAGAACAGAUCAUGAUUCUAAGUUUGAGAAUUCUCAGUUUCUGAAAUUUUGUGAAGAGAUGGGAAUUGAGCAUGAGUUCUCUGCACCUAUUACACCUCAACAAAAUGGUGUUGUGGAGAGAAAGAAUAGAGUUCUUGUUGAGAUGGCUAGGGUGAUGCUAAAUAGCAAAAAUCUUGCUAAACAUUUUUGGGUUGAAGCUGUAAAUAUGGCUUGUUACAUCUCAAACAGGGUAUUUUUGAGGUCUGGUACCAAACAAACUCUCUAUGAGAUUUGGAAAGGAAAGAAGCCUAAUGUGUCAUGUUUUAGAGUCUUUGGUAGCACAUGCUAUAUUCUGAGAGAUAGGGAGUAUCUUGCUAAGUUUGAUUCUAAGUGUGAUAAGGGAAUAUUUCUAUGGUAUUCCACUUCAAGCCGAGCGUAUAGAGUGUACAACUGUAGGACUAAAACUAUCAUUAAGUGCAUAAAUGUCAAUAUUGAUGAUUUUGCUGCCUCUACUGAGAUGACAUUAGAUGAGGAUGGUCUUUUUCCUCCUCCUCUUGAGCAAGAAUCUCCAGGUCUGGAUCUUGUGGUUGACCUCUCAGCUUUUGGAAAUUCUGUCCCGGUUGACCUGUCAACUCCUUCAACCUCUAGUUUCAUUUCAUCUGUCCAGCUUGCCAGCUCCCAUGCUGAUCAUAGUCCUCUCACUCAAAUUGAGAGUGUCAUUAUUGGUCCUCUUAAUCAGGGAGUGAGAACUAGGAAACAAAUAACUCAAGAAAUUUGCCAUGUGUGUUAUGUCUCAAAUGAAGAACCUAAGAAUGUGAAAGAGGCUUUGGACCAUGGUGAAUGGUUUCUUGCAAUGCAAGAUGAGCUCAUUAGGUACUAA